AUGGGAAACCUCUUCAUGACCAUGUUCUUUGCCGUUCUGGAUCCGUCACUUGUUUUCAUGCGCGCAAGUUACACAUCAAUUUUCUACGACGCUGUUUUGAUUUUAGAAGAACACUGGGAUACUGUUAUCGAUGCUGUCGAGAACGGAACAAUUCCCGACAUAUACGAUCUUGACUACUGCAGGCCAUAUUUAGAGGCACAAGUCAAGCCAAAUCCACACCGGGCAGCAGAGCUCCGAAUAAUAGAGAAGGGGAAGGAGGGAUGGUUGAGGGAAAUCUGGCCGUUGCUCAAGGUUGUCAGAGCGUCCAACAGCGGAAGCUACGCCGCCUUUGCCGCUAAGGUUCGACAUCACGUCGGGCCUGCUGUCGACAUAGAAAGCUACAGCUAUGGUGCGACCGAGUGUAUGGUUGGGUAUGGAUACGAUUCGGCAAAUGAUCACAAUCUCUAUCGCCUCUCUGGUGAUUCGUAUUUCGAGUUCCUUGAUGUCGCUGAAGUCGAGUCAAGGAUGUCACUCCGUCAAGCAUGGGAGGUCCAGAUCGGGCAACGUUAUGAACUCGUGGUGACCACAAGACACGGUCUCUGGCGAUACCAAAUGAGGGACGUUGUCGAGAUUGGUGGCUUUCACCCAACUGACGGGCAGCCUCUCAUUCGAUUUGUUGAACGGCGAGGUGUUGGAUUCCGCAUUCAUGCUGAGUUGGUAACAGAUAGACUGCUACAAGAUGCCAUUUAUUCGGUGCACGACACGCUUGGCCGCGUGUUGGAGUUCGUCUCGGAGCUAGAUGACCGACAAUUUCCUAGAAAUUACGGCUAUUUUGUAGAACUCGAAGGAGAGCUGGGACCCGAUCCCGACUCUGCUCCACGCAAAGUGCAAGAGGUCCUCCUCACAAAUCCAGGGUACAAGAAAUUCACCGACUACGGAAGGAUUGGAAUGCCCACUAUUCGAAUUGUCGCACCGCGUACAUUUAGAGCUUAUCGUGAGUGGAGACUUGAGCUGACGGGACGCCCCAUGGGACAAAUCAAGGUCCCAACUACCACCGUUGAUGUUGCAACGAAAGAGUGGUUGGCGAAGAGAGUGAUACUGGAGGUCGGGUUGUCAUCUGUACCCUCUUCGACUCAGUAG